CUCUCUCUGCUUUUUGAUUUCUAUCGCUUCUGUCGGCGUUGAAACCUGAAACCCUCCGCCAUCUCUUUGUUCUCUCUCGUCGUCUCAUCGGCUCUUUCACGGGGGAGCGCAGCAGAUUAGGGCUGGGAUUAGGGUUAGGUUUAGGGCUUGGGCUUUGGGCGUCAGGGGGGAGGGAGGGGGCGGGAUGAGAGAUUCGAGAAGCACGACGACGACGACGACGACGACGAUGGCGGCGGCGGCGGCGAUGGAUCCCGGACCCUCGAUCACCGGCGGCGACCAGAACUUCGAGUUCGCCUUCAACUCCAGCAACUUCUCCGACCGCGUGCUCCGGAUCGAGGUCGUGGCGGAGCCGGACGAGGGCGGCGCGGAUGCCGGGUGGGCCGGGUACCGUAAGCGGAGGAGGGAUGACGGCGCCAAGGAGAAAGGUGAGCGAGAGCGCCUCCCCGAAUCCAGGCACCCGUUCCCUGCGUCUCUUUCAUCAGAAUCUGCAAAAUACUCAUUGGAGCUUAUAUCGAGUUGUGAACCUGACACUGAGGAAUGUAUGGAAUAUGAGAAUCAUGAUGAAGAGGAUGAACCAAUGCUUGAAGAAUUAGCACCAGGCGUGGGUCGAGCUGGUGCUGAUACAGAAAAUGAUUCAUCAAAUGUGGGUGGUUCUCCUCAUGUCCUCAGAGUUAAAUCCAUUUACAUUAGUUCUGCUAUACUGGCUGCGAAAAGCCCAUUUUUCUUCAAGCUUUUCUCGAAUGGCAUGAAAGAAUCUGAUCAGCGGCAUGCAACCUUAAGAAUCAACGAAUCAGAGGAAGCUGCUCUCAUGGAGCUCCUAAGUUUCAUGUACAGCGGAAAGUUGUCAACUACCUCUCCAUCUCUCCUUUUGGAUGUGCUGAUGGCUGCUGAUAAGUUUGAGGUUGUUUCAUGCAUGCGGCACUGUAGUCAGUUGCUUAGAAGCUUGCCUAUGACUACGGAAUCUGCACUACUCUAUCUGGAUCUUCCUUGUAGUGUUUCAAUGGCCUCAGCAGUCCAACCUUUGACCGAUGCAGCUAAGGAUUACCUUGCCAAUAGCUACAGGGAUAUAACCAAGUUCCAAGAUGAAAUGUUGGGCCUUCCUCUUUCUGGCAUCGAGGCCAUACUCUCCAGUGAUGACCUUCAAGUGGCAUCAGAAGAUGCAAUCUACGACUUUGUGCUCAAGUGGGCCCGUGCUCAGUACCCAGUGUUGGAGGAACGCCGUGAGAUAUUGAGUUCUCGUCUUAUCCGCCAUAUCCGUUUUGCUCAUAUGACUUGCAGGAAACUUAGAAAAGUUCUCACAUGCAAUGAUUUAGACCACGAGAUUGCUUCCAAGUUAGUGACUGAUGCGCUCUUCUUCAAGGCAGAGGCCCCACACCGGCAGCGUGCCCUUUCUGCCGACGAGUCGAGCCACAAGCGGUUUACAGAGAGGGCUUACAAAUACCGUCCGCUGAAGGUGGUGGAAUUUGAAAGGCCUCACCCACAAUGCAUCGUCUACCUGGACCUGACCAGGGACGAGUGUGCCAAGUUGUUCCCUUCUGGCCGGGUCUACUCCCAGGCAUUUCACUUGGGCGGGCAGGGAUUCUUCCUCUCGGCUCACUGCAACCUGGAUCAACACAGUUUAUUCCACUGCUUUGGCCUUUUCUUAGGGAUGCAAGAGAAAGGUUCGAUCAGCUUUACGGUGGAGUACGAGUUUGCUGCAAGAACCAAGCCGUCAGGAGAGUUUGUGAGCAAGUACAAAGGCUUCUACACUUUCACAGGCGGGAAGGCGGUGGGCUACCGAAACCUGUUUGGCAUACCAUGGACUUCAUUUAUAGCCGAGGAUAGCCUCUUCUUCAUCAAUGGCACCCUUCACUUGCGGGCUGAAUUGACCAUCAAACAGCCGCAAACACCUUCACUGCAGUAGUAGUACACUGGUUCGUCUGUGUUACCAGUCAACAUUUUACAUGUCAUGGAAGUGUCCACGUUGUAAUUUUGUUGUCUUCUCACCUGCCAAAAUGCUAUUGGAAAUUGAUGAUA